AUGGAGGACGCCGUUGUAGCGCUGCAGGAACAGCAGAAGGCGCUACAAGAACAGCAGCAAGCGCUGCUGCUGCUUGCCAAGGAAACGGCUAAGCAGCGGGAGGAAACAGAACACCGCACACAAACGAUUUCAGCCCGGCAAGAGUUGACAGAAACUGCCUUAGCCCUUGAAGAGAAGCGGCGGGCAAUGCGGCACUGCUAUGAAGAAAUGGAAACGCAGCGGUUGGCUAUGGAGGGACGUGCUGCAGCAGCAGCAGCAGACGCCCAGUCAGCAGCAGCUGCUGCUGCUGAAGCACGCACCUUGAAGCAAGAAGGCAUCAAGGCCAAAGAAGCACUUCAUCAACUUCAUCGCCAUGCAAAAGAUGUACAUUGGGAAAGCCAUUGCUGCUCAAUCAUCAUGAAGUUGCAAUUUAAACUGCAAAUUAAGCACUAUGGGGUGUUGCCGGUGGCGGUAAUGGUGGCAACGAUUUUGUUGCCAGGGACUUUGCUUUUAGCAGACGUUGUCAUAGUCUUGAUUGGUAUAUACCACUUCAAAUAA